AUGGCGCAUGUGCGGGAUGCCUCGUUCAACCCGUCUUCUCCCCACUCAUCGAGUGGUGGUGUCGAUUCUUACAAAUAUGAGGGAACCCCGGAUACCAAGCUCACCGUGUUCUCUCCUGAUGAGAACCCGGCCAAAUCUAACAGGCUGUUAACCACCCUCGGGCUUGACGGCCCUUCCAGCCACACUGCCCAAUACCACCAUGUCGGGCCCGAAGGCUUUGGCAAUACAAGUUCAGCCACCGUUGAGAAGGAUCCUUUCAUCUCUAACACAACUAGUAAGGGAGAACAGAAGUUGUCACCUACCGCCUCGGCAUUUCGCCCUCUUUCGGUUCCCCUCGUGGCCCAUGGAUCGCUCAAUGCGUCGCCCGGAAUGAAUGCUGGUCUUGGUGUCAACCGUCAACUUUUCGCGCCCCAAGCUACAGCCAAAUUCAGCUGCGAUCUGGGAAUCUCGCGCUGCCUUGUUCUCUACUCACCUUCUUUCCCGAUCACCGUUACUGACGCUGAAGGAUAUCUCGCAGGUAAACGCAACCUGGUCACCGCCGAGGGCCGGGUCUACCUUCAUCUUCCUAACGUACGGGAUGCCCGGAACAUCCACGACAACGUACAACUUGGUUCUCCGCACUGGUGUGCCGAGUAUAUCGCCGCGGCCGAAUUCCACAAGGCCUGUGGGCCGGUGGCUCAAAUUGACCCGAUCUGCGACGGAAAGAUUCAGAUCACUGCAUUUGAUGAAGGUGUCAAUUUCGGCGCCGUUCACGUUGAAACUGUCGUCCAUACUUUCUUGGAAACCCAGGGUGAGGUAUUCGCGCUUCUGCGGCAAAGCGAGACGAACGACCAGACUUUCCGGGCUUCGGUUGAAUUUUCAGACGCCGAUAUUGCCAUCUCCGUUGUUCACAAGUUCAAUAGGGCCACAUUGGGUUUGAACGGGGUGGCAACCAUGUCUCGGCCGGUUGAGGGUUACAACCCUCCUUUCAAUGAUUCGCAAACCAUCGAUCACAACAUUACAAGUGCCUUUCAAGGUAUGGGUGCCUCAGAGAACCCCCAGCGACCAACUGGACUUCUCGCACCUGGCCGGUUCAAUCAAUCACCUGCCCGACUUCGUGCCCAGCCGCAGCAAUACGCCGUGUAUCCAGUUGUCUAUCAUGGUCUCCAGUCUGCCGCACCGGGCCGGCACAUGCUUGACCAGACUCCGACACGCGGCCAGGGUGUUGCCCAUAUGGCGCCAAUGACUCCUAUUUCAGGAAACAUGCCACUUAUGACGCCACUGUUCAAUACUACUCCUCCGGAUACACCGAUGGCAAUGCACAGCGACUUCACCAGCCCGAGAGUCACGCAGCCGUAUGGGCGUCAAGGUCUUGACACGCGCCGCCAUACCGCCAUGCGGGUCAACCGCACUCCAUACUUCAAUAACGCUGGUCAUCACAACCACGUUGAUGUCAACCGCAUCCGAGACGGCAUUGACGUCCGAACUACUAUCAUGUUGCGAAAUAUCCCCAACAAAGUCGAUCAGGCUAUGUUAAAGCGUAUUGUCGAUGAGUCGAGCUGGGGCAAGUAUGAUUUCAUGUACUUGCGCAUUGAUUUUGCCAACGACUGCAAGUCAGUAUUAGCCUACUCUUCGCAUCCAUCCUACCUUAUUGACGGUCCGUUUUUAGUGUUGGUUACGCCUUCAUCAAUUUCGUGGAUUUCGUCAAUGCCCGAGGCAACCAACGCUGGAAUUGCUUCAAGAGCGACAAGGUCGCCGAGAUCUCCUACGCGAGUACGUUCUCUAACGAUUUCACUCGAGAAGUUUGGAUUCCAUGCUGACGCUUCGAAGCCAUUCAAGGGAAAGAUUGUCUGGUUCAGAAAUUUCGUAACAGCUCCGUCAUGCUGGAAGCGCCUCAUUAUCGACCCAAGGCCGGAUCUGGCUGGCCAGGAGGAACCGUUCCCGGAGCCUGACAACCAGUCCAAAAUGAAGCGCAGCUGCGAGAAUGCUGAGCAUGUCGGGCUCUUCACGCCCAACGCUGGCCAGCAUUUCCGUGAUGAGCAGCGCCGCCGGCGUUCUCAGUACGACCGUGGCACCAGGCUUGCGGCCCUGGAGGAGUACGACUACGAUGCUCACGCCCAGCAGCACGGAUACUUCGGACAGCAGCAGUAG